AUGCCGUGCUGUGACGAAUGCUGCGACGGAACGGGCCGCUGCCCCUGUCUCUGCCUGUGCUACGAGAGUGACGGGCGAACGGAGGAGGACCACCAGCGCUUCUCGGAGGAGCAGCAGCGCAUGGACCGGUACGUCGACAGCGACGACGAGGGUAGCGAGGAUGGCGAGGAUGAAGCUGUUUCGGGCGAUGAAAAGGGUGGCGGGGAAAGUGAGGCUGAGAACAAGGACAAGGACAUGAGCGGCGAGGAAGGGAAGGAAGAUGAGAAGGAGGAGGAGACGUAG